AUGCUCAAAUAUCUGUUAUUUCUGGGAACACUGGCCUUAGGGCAUUCCUCAAAUAUCGAUUGCGGCAGAGUCCCACCUUCGCUUUGGUGCCAAAAUAAAGACCUUGCGGCUCAGUGUAACGUCUCUCAACAGUGCAAUGAAUAUACGACCAAAAGCAAAGGCCAGAAGCUUCGGCUGACGCUGCUUUAUGAAUCGUUGUGUCCCUAUUGUGAGAGGUUUAUUAUUGGAACUUUUUACACCGACAUCUACCUAAAGUAUGCGGAUAAGGUCGAGUUUGAGUUGGUUCCUUAUGGAAACGCAAAGAUUGGAAAGGUAAGGAGCUAUCGGCAGUUGAUAUCUAUAAAGAAAGAUGCCAAGGCCUCAGGCUAUAAGUUGUAAGAAAGACUAACGCAAAUUUAGGUUGAAAUUAAAUUUGCAUAGAAGAGAUUUGUAUCAUAUGUAGCUCGUCAUUUGGCGGGCAGACAUCACCAUUUUUGAUGACUUUUCCAGGCGUCUUCUAGCAAUUAGAUAUGUUCGUUUUCAGAACGGCCAAGUUCUUUGUCAGCAUGGCACUCCCGAAUGCGCGGGAAACAAGUACGAAGCCUGUGUUAUCCACUACUUCGAGGAUCCGAUUCCUUUCGUCAGAUGUCUAGAACAGCAACUUCCCCAAACAGACAUCGUAAAAGCUGCAACCAAAUGUUACGCCACAUUCAAAACUUCCGCCGAUCUCGCGGCUCGAGUAACGUAAGUCGGCCAAGCAACAAAAAUAUCUACAAAAUCGUAUUUUAGCACCUGCUACAACACCGAUUUGGCUGAUCAAUUGCACAGAGCGCACGGCGCCAGAACUGAUGCUAUUGGACCUGAGAAGAAGUACGGUGUCCCCUGGCUGCUGUUCAACAAUGUCAGUUUGGGUAGCGCUCAGAAAUACGGAGAUUCGUUCAAAUAUGCAAUCGAUGAUUGGUACAUCCCAAACGAAAACGACGCAAAAUUGGUAUCUGAAAUUGCCAAAAAGACUUCCGAACUGAAGCUUUGCAGGGAUGAGAACUGA